AUGCAACUACCUGAUGGGAGAACCCUGGGAUAUGCUGAAUAUGGCCCUGAAACAGGCUAUCCAUUGAUGUAUCUUCAUGGCUAUCCGCAGUGCCGCUAUGAAGGCUCUGUCAUGGAGAACACUCUUCAUCGACAUGGGAUUCGCAUGAUUGCCCCAGAUCGACCAGGAUUCGGCCUUUCAACGGACAAAUCAAAUCGCCGUAUUAUGGACUGGCCUGCCGAUGUUCAAGCCCUGGCUGGCCAUCUUGGUCUCCCCUGCUUCGCCCUGAUGGGUGGUUCAGGCGGUGGGCCCUAUACAUUGGCGUGUGCGCAUGCACUUCCUCAUGAAAUGAUGUCCGCAGUCGGUAUUCUUGCUGGAGGAGGAGACUGGCAGGCCGGAGCAGACCACAUGCCAUGGAUAUAUCGGAUAUCAGCUCUUGCGGCAGAUUAUUGGCCGGCUGGAUUGCAAGGUUCAUUGGGCAUUUUGGUUUGGAUGUUCAGGAGCGGAUUAAAUUCACGAAAGGGGAUCCAAUGGCUUGAUGGCUAUUUGAGAAAAGACAAGGAAAAGCAUUCCAAGACAGUUGAAGAGCGAAGAAUGGAGAUACUCCGCGCUUUGUUUGAGCCUUUUAAACAAGGCGCCGGCCCUGCUGCAUACGAAGCGAAGCUAUUAUCACAAGACUGGGGUAUUGCAUUUGGAGACAUUACAUACAACAACCUUCAUAUCUGGCAUGCAGGGGAAGAUUGGAACUCACCGCUGCCGAUGACGGAGUUCUAUGUCAAGCAAUUGACUAACAACCCUUCUUUCAAGGUUUAUGAAAACGACACACACUGGACGAUCCACCGGCAUCUGGAUGACAUACUAUCGGAGUUGAUACCAGAAAGCUCUAGUACAAAAGCCUGA